AUGCCCCCUAAAAAGAACACGUCCAAGCCUGUCGAGGCUUCGACAGACACAGUGAAGAAAAGUACUCGCACCAGCGCGAGGCAAGCCACCAUGACCAAGACUGAAAAUCCCGUGAAAGAGUCUACCAAACCAGCUGCAAAGCCUGCAAAGCCCACUGUCAAACCUACGAAACCCACUACGAAAUCCACUACGAAAUCCACUGCGAAAUCCACUGCGAAAUCCACUGCGAAAUCCACUGCGAAAUCCGCUGCGAAGCCGACUGCGACUACCAAGUCAACUGCGAAGUCAAGCAAGAUGGCAACGUCUACCACCAAACCGGCCUCUGGUACAAAGAAGCGCAAAGCUAACGAGGAUGAAGAGAAGCCUCGCGAAAUCAAAAGGUCGCGUGUCGUGCAAGCCCGUCAGCCAAAGCCCAAGGUCAAAGUUGUCAUCAAUGAGGCCCCAAAGUCUAAGCUGAACGUAUUUGUCUGUGGUGAGGGUAGCUCUGGUGAGCUGGGUCUGGGCACAGCUAAGAAUGCCAUUGAUGUGAAGCGCCCACGUUUGAACAAGCUUCUGUCUGCCGAAGAGGUCGGAGUUGUACAGGUAGCUGUCGGAGGUAUGCACUGCCUAGCUUUAACCCAUGACAACAAGAUCUUCUCUUGGGGAGUGAACGACCAGGGCGCGCUCGGAAGAGAGACCGAAUGGGACGGUGGAUACAAGGACAUUGAAAACAACAGCGAUUCCGAUUCCGACGAUGAAGAUAGCGGGUUGAACCCCCGCGAGUCUAUUCCUACUGCUAUCCCUGCUGCCGCUUUCCCCGAAGGCACUGUCUUCGUCGAAGUCGCCGCCGCCGAUAGCGCGAGCUUUGCCCUGACCGAUGAUGGUCUGGUCUAUGGCUGGGGCACCUUCAGAAGCAAUGAUGGAAUCCUCGGAUUUGACGCAUCUUCUCACGUUCAAAAGACUCCAACUUUGAUCUCGUCCUUGAAGAAGAUCACACACUUGACUUGCGGAGCCAAUCACGUUCUUGCCCUGAACGACCAAGGUCGUGUCUACUCGUGGGGCUCCGGGCAGCAAAAUCAGCUCGGUCGCCGAAUCGUGGAGCGCAACCGAUUGAACGGCCUUCAGCCCCGGGAGUUCGGUCUUCCCAAGAACAUCGUCCACAUCGGGAGUGGUUCAUACCACUCGUUUGCUGUUCACACCACUGGAAAUGUCUACGCCUGGGGAUUGAACAGCUUCGGCGCAACGGCUAUCCGCGAGGGUGCCGGCGACGACGAAGCCGCUAUCGUGCAUCCUACCCUUGUUGAAUCUCUUUCGGACCGAAAUAUUUCGCAAAUUUGCGGAGGCUCUCAUCACUCUGUUGCCAUUGCUGGCGAUGGUGAGUGCUUGGUUUGGGGCCGUCUCGACGGGUUCCAAAGUGGCUUGAAAAUCGAUACACUUACCGAUGACGCUGUUAUCAAAGAUGAGCGCGAUCGCCCCCGUAUCCUGAUUGCGCCUACCCCCGUUCCUGGCAUCAAGGCCAAGGUUGUGGCAGCUGCCUCGGAUCAUUCUCUCGCUAUCGAUGCCGAUGGCCGUGCAUGGUCAUGGGGAUUCUCCGCUACAUACCAAACUGGCCAAGGUACACAAGAUGACAUCGAGGUGGCUACCGUUAUUGACAACACUGCUACUCGUGGGAAGAAAUUGAACUGGGCUGGUGCUGGUGGUCAAUUCUCUGUGUUCACGGAGCCUGUCAGCGAGUGA